AUGCAAGCAGCUCAAACAGUUGCAAUUAGAAGGAACUCGUUCACAGGAAAUCUACCAGGAGACAUUGGAAACUUAACUAUGCUUCAAAUGUUAAAUCUUGGUUACAAUAACUUAAAAGGUAGUCUUCCAUCAACUUAUGGGAAUCUCACUAAUUUAUACGAACUAUCUUUAGAAGAAAACAUUUUGAAUGGACCAAUUCCAACAAAAAUUGGUAGCUUGCAUGAUCUUCAGUAUUUGAGUCUUGAAAGCAAUAAGCUCCAUGGCGCCAUCAUUGAAGAGCUAUGUGGAAUCUCAAGACUUUCAUAUUUAUAUCUAAGUGGGAACAAGUUUUCUGGGUCAAUACCGCAUCCCAUAGGAAUGUUACCUCCCUACAAGAACUUUACUUGGAUACUAAUAAGUUAA